CCAUCAUCGACAAAUCCAUUCGUCAAUCAUAUCAGUGGAAGUCUCUUCCAAAGCAUCACGAACGAAGGUGUUAUUCGCAUCAAUUCCGAAAAUUCUAUUUUAAUCCUCGAACAUGACACAUUUAAUACUAUCACAUCCAAUCAGAACGGUGGCUGCGUAUUUUUUAGUCCUGGUCACUCAAUUUAUCAAAGAGAUACUUGCGCUCAUAAAGUUUAUUCAAGUACAAAAGCCAAAUUUAGCUAUGUUAAAAUAUCUCAAGCUUUAGAAAACGUGGAUUACAAUUUUAUGAUAUCGAUAACUGAUUGUACACCUGACCCUGUGUCUGACAUAUUUUGGAUUGGAGGCGGGAAAACAUCUCUUUCAAAUUAUAAUUCCACAAACAAUUAUGCAAGUUUUUCUACAGCAUUUUACUUUGGAAAUUCUGUUGGCCAAGCAAAUGCAUCGUUUAUCAAUGUAUUAUCAGGAACUGCUACAUAUAGUUCUCUUGUCUACUCUGACUCUAAUUGUAUUUUAAAACAUUCGAAUUUUUAUAAUAAUAAAGUUAAUGAGAAGACAGAAUGCCUUUUGGCUGUACAUGCAUCAAUUUUUGUUAUAGAUCAUUGCGUUUUUGCUCAAAAUUCUGCACAAAUUUUCGCAAAUAAUAAAAUAUCUGUUUUAAGUUGCUCGUUUUACGAAAAUUCAUUUAGCUCGACAUAUCCUUCUAUUCCUUAUAGCGGAACGCAUAGCUUCACUGUAAAUACUCAGUGCCAUAUGUGGAAACACGACGACUGCAUCAAAAAGUAUUCUUGUGUAUCACAAUAUUUCACAAUAAACUCAUUUCUAUUCUCAUUCUCCAUUUUCAUUCUUUUUCUUUAA